AUGCAUCGCACCGUGUUGCUCGUGCUUGCUGCCGCACAGGUCCCACAGGUGGCCAGCCAGCACUGCCAGUGCGACUCUCUCGACUUCAAUGAUCCCAACUUCAGGCGCUGCGAUUUCUGGGGUGAUGUCCAUAUGAGGGACAGCUGGCGCACUCCUAAUGUCUUCGACUUUCAGGGCACGGGCGUCUACAGCUAUGCACAGACCACCAAGUGUGGCGGGGACUUCGAGAUGCAAAUCUUCCAGUGCCCCUACAGCAAGAAUGGCAAUGCUGUGGCUCUUGGCAUUGCGGUGAAGAUCAAUGACGGGGAUGUGGUCGUGAUCUCAAACACGACCGUGGAAAGCACGGGUAAUGCAGAUGUGGACAAUGCGGAUGCCAUCGGGAAUCGUAAGAUAGGUGUUGACGUUGUCAGUGACGACAAGUGUGUCCGCCUGAAUGUCAACACCAAGGGCUUGCGGAAGGCACCGGGUUUCUUGCACAACGGUCAGUUGCGCGUGAUCAGCGAGGCCAUCACAGCCGAGGGUAUCUGUGGAGCCCCGACUUUCGGACCCUACUUUGUGGGGCCUGGCUCAGGCACUCCGGACCUGCUCUUUCCAGACGACAAGUUCAACGAGUUGUGUGACCUAUGCAAAGCUGAGACAGGCAUGGUAGUUCCGGGAUGCGAAGAGCCCGGAAAAGGACCGCCCAACAUGGCACCGGCCUGUGACUUCUUGCAGUUGAGACCUGGAGUCAUGGCCAACCUGGUUGAGGAUUGUGUUGGCACGAGUGAUCCGGUGUUGCUGGAAGCAGAGGACGGUGGUGAGAACUGCGUUGCAUACGUCCGACUCAACAAGCGAAGGACUUGCGACGAUUUCUGCACUUCCAGGGGCUCCGAGUGCGUGGGGGCCGUUGACAAUCCAAAUGGAGAGACGUGUGUAGCUACCGUGAACAGUCUAGACGAAGUGGACACCAGAAAGGUGAACUGCCAGACCACGAAGUUCCGAGACCUGCAGUGCAUCUGCAAGAAGCCAGAAAACCCAGCACCGGGCCCCACACCCGAAGAGGCUUGUGCCUCAACACCAGAUCGCUUCAGCCUUCAGGAUGCCCUGAAUUUCUGCCGCUCGAAUGUGGACUUCCUCCAGGGCAUCCAGUACCCUGGUGUGGGGGCAUCUCCCGAUGAGGAGGAGAUCCUCCGUGGGUGCAUCCUGGAUGUUUGCUCCGCAGCCCCUGAGGACAGAGAUGAGAUCCUGGACAACGUCAGGGACCAGGAUCCUGAUGGCCCCGGCCCGGGCGCGACGACCACCAAUCCCCCGCCUGUCGGAGAGGAGUUGUACGCCUUUGAUUUCAGCCCAUAUCCUGGCUCCUCAUCUCCCUACAAUCCGCAAGGCGUGGUUGAGGUUGAGUCCAUCCCCGGUGGCAUCACGCGCCUUUCUUGGAGCUUGACGGGCCUGGACCCUGCCUGCAGUUCUGAUUGCACCGCCAGCCGCUGCUGCGCUGUCAUCAUCACGGAAGGCACGAGCGUGGGCGAGCCUACAGGCAACACCCUCUUCAACGGGGGUGGAUCGGAUCCGUGGUUAGAGGUGAAGUACGACUCCAGCGCCGACCCGGCCAACGAGCUUUCCUUGGAGGUCCCGACGGGCCUUGGCAACAGCGACGUCUUGGGGCGCACGUUGGUGAUCACCGAUGCUGCUGGCAAACGUAUUGCUGUCGCCAUUAUCGAGGUCGUGGCACGUAGUCCAAUGAUGUACUGCUUGGCCUGUAGACGACAGACUCACAACAUGAUGUCAAAUUCUGAUGAAGAUGAGCGCAACAAGCCUCCAGCCAUCUCCAGCCUGGAGGAGCCCAGCACCACGGUCUUCGUGGAGUACCCCGGCUACCCUGGUCAAACUAGGCCUGAAGGGCUUGGCAAUUCUGCUUACAAAAAGACAGAUGGUGAUGAUGGUGCAGACAUGUGUAAUUGCUCUGGGCAGGUGGAGUCGGACGAUCAAACUCAGACGUUGAGCUGGCUUUUCACACAAGGGGUGGACCCUGGUUGCACGGGACCCUGCAGUGCCACGAACUGCUGCACUGUUGCCAUCCACGAGGGCAUGGACUGUUCAAGUGAUGCGUCUAUCGGUGGCCCCUAUUGGAACAAACAGCUUGUCUCGACAAACCCUUGGCAGGAUGCAAAGUAUGUGAUCCAGGGCUCCUUGCCGACAGCAGCGAAUGACGUCUCUGUGACCUCUGGCUUUGGAGCUGCGCAGAUCAACGGUCGGGCUGCGGUGGUUUAUGAUUCCGCUGGAGUUCGUGUAGGCUGCGCCACCAUCACGGUCGCCAAGAAGCAGAAGAAGGAGCUCAUCAACGGCGCCAUCGACAAGCUGAACAUGGCUGUGGACCAGCUCAUGGAUCACAUCAAGGAUGCCAUUGAGGAUUUGGCUGAGGCUGCGAACAAGAGCCACCACUACGGGGCCUCCACAGUUCCUGAGCCCUACUCAUGUGACAAGGCCAAUAUUUGCGAGGACCUGUGCAAAGGCCAGAAUGUGUUGCCAACAUGCGUAAGAGACUGCAAGAAGAGGAACAACGCCCUGUUGGACAUCGUGGGGAUCUUCUGCGAGAAGGACGCGUGCUCGACGCCAAGCCUUGUACAGACGGGAGAGUCAAGAGAGGAAGUGGGCUUGUUGCAGAGUCGAGCGCCGCGCUUGCUAACAGAGACCUCCGUGGACGAGAUGACUCCUGGGUCACCCUCACAGUGCGGGUCUUUCUACUUGCCAGUUUUGGGCCAGAUGUACAAGUUCGACUGUAAAGAGCGACUGCGAAUUCAAAGCCAGCUGUUCUGCAAACGUGGCCUGCCCCUUGACCCGAAUGGGGCCGACGUCUUUCAGGCGGGCAGUUACGUCUCACUUUCUGGCUAG